AUGGUCGCCUGUAAAUUUUAUUUCUUCAUUACUCUAACUAUCCUCCUAUUCGCCAUUAAUGUAGCCUCGGCCCAAGACCAAGAUACGUUCGGCAGCCGCAUGAACCCGAAGCUCCUCCGCAUGAACAAAGAGAAGUUGACCCAUUUCAGGUUCUAUUGGCACGAUGUGGUCAGUGGUCCGAAGCCAAGCUCAGUGACGGUUGUGCCACCAAUAACCAAUGGCUCAACAACGUUCUUCGGUCUAGUGAAUAUUAUAGACAACCCAUUAACUUUGGGCCCCAACAUAACCUCGAAAAGAGUUGGACAGGGACAAGGGUUAUACGCUUCUGCUUCGUUAGAAGAGAUUGGAUUGUUGAUGCUGAUGAAUAUUGCUUUCACAGAAGGGGAGUACAACGGAAGUACGUUCACGGUUCUUGGAAGGAACACCGUGUUUUCGAAGGUUCGGGAGAUGGCAGUGGUGGGCGGAUCCGGUAUUUUUCGCCUCGCACGGGGAUAUGUUCAGGCCAAAACAUAUUUCCUUGAUCUCAAGAGUGGAGAUGCUACGGUUGAGUAUAAUGCUUAUGUAUUGCAUUAUUAAUUCAUUAUUUCAUUACCUGCUAAUGAAUUUUUCAUAAUUG